AUGUAUAUAUAUAUUUAUAUAUAUAAAUGGAUGUAUAUCUAUAUAAGGGUGUAUCCCCCCUCCUUUUCUUGGUUCUUGCUAAGUUUUCAAUUGGUUCUUAUACACACCUACUUUUGUCUGUCUUGCACCACAGUUGGACAGGACAUACAUAGACACAGACACAUACACACGGUUUGGAACACACGAACAAAGAUUACGAUGAAACUACAACACGCAGCCCUCAUGGUGGCUGGUGCCCUUGCAAGCUCUGCUACGGCCAUUGAAGUGGAGCUCGGGAACGAGGAGUCUGUUUGUAAUGCUGCAACGGACCUCGUGGACGGGAUUAUGGAUUAUUAUUUGGGGACCCGGUAUGCGGGGACUGUUGGAAUGUUUCAGCAGCCCUAUUACUGGUGGGAGGCCGGAUUAGUUUUCGGAGGGAUGAUUGACACGUGGAAAUUCUGCAACAACGAUACCUAUGUCGGCAUCAUCCAGGAGGCCAUUGUUCACCAGAAGGGUCCGGACAAUGACUUCUUCAAUGUGGAGAAUCAAACGGAUGUUGAGGCAAACGAUGAUCAGGUGUUUUGGGGGUUCACUGUUAUGGAAGCAGCUGAGAGAGGGUUCCCCAUGUACUCCAAUGAUGAAAAUGAUGUUAACUAUGCGCAGUUGGCCAUGAAUGUCUAUAACAACAUGGCUCCUCGAUGGGACGACCAGAAUUGUGGAGGUGGUCUCAGAUGGCAGAUACUCGAUACCAUGAAUGGUUGGGAUUACAAGUCCAUGAUUUCCACUGGCGGUGUGUUUGCACUAGGGGCAAGGUUGGCAAGGUACACGGGUGAUGAUUCCCUAAAGAGGUCUUCCAAGAGAAUUUUGCAGUGGAUGAAACAGUCCAAAUUUGUCGUUCAAAAUGAGGGUAACGAUUUCUACAAUGUCAAUGACGGUGCAGAAAUUGUCCAUGGUGCAUGUCCCGUGGUGAAUGGGGCCCUUUGGUCAUACAAUUAUGCCCUGAUGUUGAUGGGAUCUGCGUAUCUUUACAAUGCCACUGGAGAACAAUUCUGGGAUAAUGAGUUGGGAUUGUUUCUUGGUGGGUUGGAACACUACAUGGUCAACACAACGGGCGGCAACACCCUCUACGAAUACCAAUGUGAGAAAUGGCAGAGAUGCAACAACGACCAGCGUGCAUUUAGGGCAGUGGUUGCUAGAACGUUGGGUGAGAUCUACCAGUUGGCACCGCAGUACAGCGAGCGGGUUCUUGCCCUAAUUGAUUCCUCUGCUGCGGGGGCAGCUGCAUCGUGUUCUGGUGGGUCCGAUGGUAAGACCUGUGGCAUCAAUUGGGGGAUCAAUGGCUGGGACGGUCUCUAUGGGUUAGGUGAGCAGAUUUCAGCUCUUGAAAUUAUUCAAAACUCAUUGAUUCCUCAAGUGCCACCUCCAUGUGAGGAAGAUACUUGCGGUGAGAAGCUUGCCUCGGAUGUAAGUAUUGUUGUUGUUCCAACACCAACGAUUUUCAGGACAUUCACCACUACAAAUACCGUCCACAAAACCGCUACUCUUAUUCAUUCGAGCGUUGAAAACGUCUUCUACACGGGCACCACUUCCUCUGCAUGA